UUCAAGAUGCGCCAGCACCAUCAAAUGUGAAGGAACUACGAGCUUUUUUAGGUUUGGUAAAUUAUUAUGGACGCUUUGUACCACAGCAGAGCACAGUGUUGGCACCACUGUAUAGACUGUUGAAAGAACAAACUGCUUGGUGCUGGGGGAAAAAGGAACAAGGUGCUUUUAGUAGAUGUAAAGAAUUGCUCACCAGUGACAAAGUGCUAGUAUACUAUGAUCCACAACUGCCUUUGACUUUAGCAUGUGAUGCUUCCGCUUAUGGAAUUGGUGCGGUGCUUCAGCACAUCAUGCCAAAUGGUGACGAGCAUCCCAUUGCAUAUGCGUCACGUACUUUGUCCCCUGCUGAAAAGAAAUAUUCACAGAUUGAGAAGGAAGCUUUGAGUGUGAUCUAUGGAGUUAAAAAAUUCCAUCAGUAUCUUUGGGGAAGAUCUUUUAAUUUGAUAACUGAUCAUAGACCAUUAGUGACUCUGUUUGGUGAACAUAAGCAUUUCCCAAUGAUGGCUGCCGCUCGCAUUCAGCGGUGGGCGAUAAUUUUGUCGGCAUAUGAUUAUCAUAUCAUGUAUCGCAAGGCAGAAGAUCAUGGAAAUGCAGAUGGCUUGUCACGAAUUCCAUUACCUGAAAUUACCGAUGUAGGAACAGAAGCCAUUUCAGCAAAUAUCAACACACUUUUGACAAACCAUCUUCAAGAAGCUCCUCUAAAUGCAGCACAGAUUGCCAGAAUGACAAGAACAGAUCAAGAACUUUCUAAAGUGUUUCGUUAUGUCAUGGAAGGUUGGCCAAUUGAAGUGUCAGAUGAUUUGAAAGUAUUCUACGCGAAAAGAGAUGAACUGUCAGUAGAACAGGGAUGUCUGCUAUGGGGCACACGAGUGAUUGUACCAUUCAAAUUUCGAAAAUCAGUGUUACAGGAAAUUCACUCAGGACACCCUGGCAUUGUUAAAAUGAAAGCUCUGACUCGUAAAUACGUGUGGUGGCCUAAAAUUGAUACGGAUAUAGAAAGAGUUUGCAAGGAGUGUCAAAUCUGUCAACAAGAACAAAGAAUGCCAAGUCACGUCCCUCUUCAUCCUUGGGAAUUCCCGGGUGAGUGUUGGAAAAGGUUGCAUGUGGAUUUUGCUGGUCCGUUCUUGAACAACAUGUUUAUGAUCAUUGUUGAUGCUCAUUCUAAAUGGUUGGAAGUUUUUCGUAUGUCACAGAUUACUUCUCAAGCUACUAUUACCAGAUUGAAGAGAUUGUUUUCUGCAUAUGGAUUACCUGAACAAAUCGUGACUGAUAAUGCAACUACUUUUACUUCUGAUGAAUUCCAAAGAUUUGUGAAGCAGAAUGGUAUUAUGCAUACCAGAAGUGCACCAAAACACCCAGCAACAAAUGGAUUGGCAGAAAGAUAUGUCCAGACGUUCAAGAGGGAGACACAUCCGCACCAGGCUGGACUUCCUGAAACCAAACAUUCAUGAGACGGUUCGCAGAAAACAGUAUUUGCAGAAAAAUCAACAUGACUAUCGGGCAAGAGAGAGAUCCUUUGCUGUGGAUGAUUCUGUUUUCCUGCGAAGUACAGUGGGAGGAGAUCCGAAGUGGUUAUCUGGAGUGAUUACACAACAGACAGGACCUGUUUCGUACAAGGUACGUGAUCCAGCAUCGGAUACUGUGUAUAGACGGCAUGGUGAUCAAUUGAGACCACGCACUUCGUCCUCAGAGAUUCCAAUGCCACCGAAUGAAAAGGAGACUGCUCAAUCUGCUGAAUCUAAUGAUCAAGCUCAAAAUGCUGAACUCAAUGAUCAAGAUUCUGGAUUUGCUGGAAUUCCAGGUACAUUUGACUCUGAGGUACCUCUUUAACUAACAGAACCCCUGAUUCCAAGUCCAGGGGGUCUACGUCGCUCUAAACGAACUAUUAAAUUACCACAGCGUUUUAGAAAUUGAGAAUUUGAACACAUGUGGUGCUUUUGAACUGAUAAUGUGGUGUAUGAUUUUUAAUGGGGGAGGAAAUGUGGUGUAUUUGGGAUAAUGUGUAUAUAUGCAUGAUGAGCAGUCAUUGGUUCCUAUGCCUGGGAAGAGGGUAUUUAAAUCACGUGAUGUGAUUUGCACGUGUGAAUGUGAUGUAAUCAAUAUGUGAUCUGAACACCAGUAAAGUAUGUU